CUUCACCAAUGCAAUUGGACUCGUUAAGAUUGUUUGUGGCAGAAUAGAUAUCCUCAACGGGCACUUUUAGAUAACCGGAGUCCUCUGAUUUUUAGCAACAGAAGCAAAAGAUAAACAAGUGGGAGAAUCACCUUGUCUAGAUUUCGGCUUCUCUUUUUGCUCUUCUGCUACAGAAUCUGCAACGAUCAUUCAUAUAAACCGAGGAAAGCUAUUUAAACAGGAACCACAUGACUGACCCCCUUGAUCGGGCUUACCCGGGAAUCCACAGCUCUCAUUCAAACUACUGAGAUCGGCCCCCAACCGGAUUUUGACAUCAUGGAUAGAGAAAUCUGAACAACCACCACGACCGGAUGUUAGCUUAUCGGUUCCACAGCUCAAGAAAUCUACCCCAUGAUUCUUCAUUUCAGUAAAGCAAUUCUUUUGCUCAGUGGAAUUCAGUUGCUUUCCAGAAAACCGCCCCAAUCUCCACCUUCACAACCCGGGUUAUUCAGUGCUGAUAACAUAUCUAUCUUGAGAACGCAACCCAUGGAUGAAGGCAGUGAAAAUCCAAGAUAUACGUCUUUAACUGAGAUGAAGAUGAAGAUAGCCGCAAUUGUAUUGAGGUAUCCACUUAUACACCUAUUGCAGGUACUGAGAAAGGCUUCAGCCAUUGUAAAGGGGUCUUCAACAUCACCUGUUAACAAUCUAUCUCAAGUGCAGGCUGCAUUGCUUCAAAUGGUUGAAAAGUCGAGUUAUUUCCAAUCUUGGAAAGCCAGUGGUUUGGCAACACAGUCCAAGAAGUCCAUUUCACAUAGUAAUUUAAGCAUAUCAAGAUUUGCCGGCCAAAGCUGGCUUCUUUCAAGCCAAAAAGAAAGUAAAGAGUAAAACAAAAAUGUGAGAUGUGGUGAGAUUUCUCAUUUCUAACAUACUUUUGCAAUAUACAAUAAUUGAAAACUUUUACAAUGUUAUUUGAGGGAAUAUGCCAAAUAAUGGCAGUUGCAAGGAUAUGACUUUG